AUGGCGGUCUGCACAGUCUACACAGCUCAAUCCCUCCACUCGGCGAGCUCGAUCCCCACGCCGCCGAGGUACAAUUUCGGAUCCAGCCGGAGACAGGUCCUCUUCUACACAAAACGAGCCUCCUCCGGCGGCGGACGGAGCAGGACGGCAGAGAUCUAUUGCUCGGCGGAGGGGAAGACGGUGGUGAUCGGGCUUGCGGCGGACUCCGGGUGCGGGAAGAGCACUUUCAUGCGGCGGCUGACGAGCGUGUUCGGCGGGGCGGCGGAGGCGCCGAGGGGCGGGAAUCCGGACUCGAACACGCUGAUAAGCGAGACGACGACGGUGAUCUGCCUGGACGAUUACCACUCACUGGACAGAACCGGACGGAAGGAGAAGGGGGUAACCGCACUGGACCCGAGGGCCAACGAUUUUGACCUUAUGUACCAGCAGGUCAAGGCGGUUAAGGAGGGGGUGCCGGUCCAGAAACCGAUUUAUAACCACGUGACCGGUUUGAUUGACCCGCCCGAGCUGAUUAAACCGCCCAAGAUCUUCGUCAUCGAGGGAUUGCACCCCUUAUACGAUGCACGAGUGAGGGAUCUUUUGGACUUUAGCAUUUACUUGGACAUCAGCAAUGAAGUCAAAUUCGCAUGGAAAAUUCAGAGAGACAUGGCUGAGAGAGGACACAGCCUCGAAAGCAUCAAAGCUAGCAUUGAAGCCCGAAAACCAGAUUUCGAUGCCUAUAUUGACCCACAGAAGCAGUAUGCAGAUGCAGUCAUAGAAGUUUUGCCCACCCAACUCAUCCCAGAUGACAAUGAAGGCAAGUACUUGAGAGUAAGGUUGAUUCAGAAAGAAGGUGUCAAGUUUUUUAACCCGGUUUACCUAUUCGACGAGGGGUCGACCAUCUCAUGGAUACCUUGUGGCCGCAAGCUCACGUGCUCGUACCCCGGCAUCAAGUUCACCUACGGUCCUGACACGUACUAUGGCCACGAGGUCUCGGUUUUGGAGAUGGACGGCCAAUUUGACAGGCUGGACGAGCUCAUAUACGUCGAGAGCCACCUCAGCAACAUCUCCAGCAAAUUCUACGGCGAAGUCACUCAGCAAAUGCUGAAGCACGCAGAUUUCCCGGGCAGCAACAAUGGGACCGGACUUUUUCAGACGAUCAUUGGGUUGAAGAUCAGGGACCUUUACGAGCAGCUUACCUCUAGCAAAACCACAGCUCGUUUGGAGGCCACGAAGGCCUAA